AUGCAGCCGCUCAGCGCCGCCAGCACGCCCACGGCCGAGCUCAGGAGCCCGCUCGCAAACAUUCCAGAGAGCCGCACCCCGCCCAUUGCGCGCGCCCAGCAGCCGCCGCCGCCACAGCAGCAGCAGCAACAGUCGUCGUCGUCGUCGUCGCAACAGCAACAGCAGUCGUCGCAGCAGCAGCAGCAGCAACAGCAGCAGACGCAACCGCAACAACAGCCGCAGGCGCCGCCGCUCCAUAGACACGGCUCGACGCCUGGCAUGGACACGCUCGCAGAUCUGGCGUCGAUGCAGCACCACCAGCAGACGGCCAGGCAAAACGCGUCGGGCUUGCGCUCGCCGCAGGUCUACCAGCGCGCGCCUUCCGUGGGCUACAACAUCCACAAUCUCGCCCGUACCAUCUCCUCCAGCUCGGCCAAAGACAUCACCAUGACCGACGCGUCCUCGUCCACCCCGCGCACCUAUGCUGCGCGCUCUCUCUCUCAAGCUGACAGUCAGGCAAUCAACGACCUCGUCGCUCACCUCAAAGACAACCCUUACGACUACGCGUCCCACGUCCGCCUCGUCAACCUUCUUCAGAAAGGUCUGAUGCACCACAUCCAUCCCCCCGACAAUCCCGAUGCCCGGAACGAUCCCUUCGCCUACGAACUGCUCGACGACUUGCGUUUGGCGCGCCAGUCCAUGGAGGCCAAGUUCCCCGUGGGUGAGGAGCUGUGGGUCGCCUGGAUCAACGACGAACAAAAGCUUGCGCGCACCACCGAAGACCGCCUUUCGGUCAUGGAGCUUUGCGGCAAGUCGAUCGUCGACGAGCCGAGCAGCUCGACGCUCUGGCGCCUCUACGGCGACUACAUGCACCACCUCUUCGCCGCCGCCUGGGACGUCGAGCCGUCGAAUUGGACCGCCGAGGAUAAGAUCGUGGGCAAGGAGGUCUUCACUUGGCAGAGCGUCAUGGAAACAUGGGAACAAGGUCUGGCGGCGACGCAGUGGCACCUGAACGACAGCAACUUGGUGUGGGACAGGUGGAUGGAGAUUAUGCUGGCCGACCAGGACCGUCAGCCAAACUGUCAAAAGGUGCAGUAUCUGAGGAAUGCCUUUUCCGAGAGAUUGGUGAAGCCGCACGCGACCUGGGAGAAUACGUUCCAGAUGUUUUCUACCUUUAUCUCUAGGUUCGACAACGCCUCGUACGAGGACACGAUGCGCACGAUGCUCAAGAAGGCCGGACAGGCCAAGCAGCAAUACACUCUCCGCGAACAGUUUGAGUCCAAGGUCGAGAGGGCCAUGCGCGCGGGAGAUCGAGAUGCCGAGUGGGAGGCGUACUCGCAGUAUUUGGACUGGGAGGUCAGAAACAAGGGCGUCUUCAGCUUCCACCUCGUCAACGCCGUCUACGAACGCGCCACCACCCGUUUCUCGAUCGACCCGACCGUUUGGGAGGACUACAUUCAGCUGCUCAUCGAGAGCUCAAACUCGGGAUUCCCGGUGUUGCCGGUCUGCGAACGCGCCACGCGCCACUGCCCAUGGUCCGGUAGCCUUUGGGCGCAUCGCUUGCUCACGCUGGAAGCGGAGGGUAAGUCUUUCGACGACAUGGAGAGCGUCAAGCACAGCGCGACCGAGACCGGCAUGCUGGACGUCGGUGGCAUGGAAGACCUCUUGAAGGUUUACAUUGCUUGGUGCGGUUACCUCCGGCGCAGAGCUUUCGACGCGCGCGGCACCGAGGAUGACAUUGACAUUGCGGAAGUCGGAUUCCGUUCCGCGCUGGAACACGUCAAGGAGAUUGGCGAGCAGAAGUACGGCAAGGAGUGGGAGGGCGACCCGCUCUACCGGCUGGAGCGCAUAAACAUCAAGUUCAUCACCCAAAGCGGCAACGUCGACAUGGCCCGCGAUUGCUGGAAGUUGCUCAUCCCUCGGCAGGAGCAGAGCUACGAUUUCUGGUACCGAUACUACAUUUGGGAGAUGGGCAUCUGGUCGAGAUACAACGUGCGCGACAAGGAGAAUGCCGGCAACCUCGAGCCUCCUCGGAGAGCGACGGAGCUAUUGAGGCAGGCGCUGAAGAACGUGAUGAAGAUGGAUUGGCCGGAACAGAUAAUCCAGAUGUACCUGAACCACUGCGAACAGCACGAAUCCGUCCACCAAUACCGCUUCGCCAUCAUCGAGGCUAGAAAGGCAACCCGCGACGUCGCCGACAGGCGCGAGAAGGAAGCAGCCGAUGCUGCGGCCGCAUAUCAACAGCAAUAUCUCGGUGCUGGCGUCGGCAUGCCGGUCGAGGAGGAUCCGAACGCAAGUGGCAAGAGGAAGAGGGCUGAGGAUGCCGGGAUCGAUGAGAUUGCGGCGAAGAAGAGCAAGCAGGAAGGAUCCCAGACGGAGCCUCUUGGUGAUGAUUCGGCCUCUGUCGCAGCUCAGCAGAAGCGCGACAGGGAGCACACAACCAUUAUCGUCAAGAAUGUUCCUUCGCACGUCAACGAAACGAGGGUCCGCCAGUUUUUCCGCGACUGCGGCAAGGUUAUUAGCAUCAAGCUCAUCGCCGAGGAUGGCGGAGCGAGCCAGACGGCCACCAUUGAGUUUGAAACCCAGGAGGACGCGCAAUUCGCGCAAUCGAGAGACGGAAGAGAGUUUGAAGGCAACACUAUCCAAGUCUCCAUCGGCCUUGGUGCAACCCUGUGGGUCACCAACUAUCCCCCCGAAGCCGACGAGACGUACAUUCGCAAAUUGUUCGCGCCGUACGGCGAGGUGGUCGAGGUCCGGUUCCCUUCUUUGAAGUUCAAUACCCAUCGUCGCUUCUGUUAUGUUUCCUUCAUCACGUCCGAGCAAGCGCAGGCCGCGUCAGAAGCGCUGGACGGCAAGCCGCUGGGCGGCAAGUACAAGCUCGUGGCCAGGAUCUCAGACCCCAACAAAAAGGGUGAUCGCUCGGGCGCCAUGUACGAGGGCCGGGAGAUUAUGCUCGGCAACCUGGAUUACACUACGGCGGACGACGAGUUGCGCGAGCUUGCGGCCCCGCACGGCGAGGUUGAGCGCGUGCGCAUCCCCCGAAGCGUUCACAACAAGGGCAAGGGAACCGGAUUCGUGGACUUUACCACCAAGGAGGCAGCGCAAGCUGCUGCAGCUGCGCUCAACCUCCAGGAGUUCAAGGGCCGCAUCCUGCGCGUCCACAUUUCGGAGCCGCGCGGCGGCAAGACGCACUCCACGACGGUCAUGGCCACGAACGGCGCCGCGGCCGCCUCGCCCGAAGCCGACAAUGUCGACGAGGAGAUGCGCACGCGGCGCGAGCGCACGAUUGCGCUGAUGAACGUGCCGGACACGGUCAACGAUGUGCGGGUGCGCGCGCUGCUGGCGCCGCACGGGACGCUGCGGAAGCUGAUCCUGAUGCCGGAGCACGGGGGCGCGGUGGCGGAGUUUACGAGUGUGGCUGAGGCGGGGGCGGCGGCGCUGGCGGUCGAUGGGUCGGGGGAGCUUGGGGGCGCGGGCCGCAAGAUUCGCGUGGGGAGUGUGGAGGAGAUGAAGAGGGAGAGGGGGGAGUGGAGGGUUGAUCGGAUUGGUGGGAGUGGUGCUAGUGCUGGGGGAAAGGCGAAGGAGGGCGCCAAGGGUGAGAAGCAGCAGUUCCAGCAGCAGAUUGUGCCGCCGAGGGUUAGUCGGCCGGUGCAGCAGGGGGGACGGAGAGGCGGCAAGGGUGGCCUGGGCAUGAGGAGAGGUGGCGCUGGCACGGGUGCUGGUGCUGGUGCUUCGAGUAGAGGUGCUGGCGAGAGCGCGGGUGCGUCGUCCUCGGCUGCUGCUGCCGGUGGUGGAGCGAAGAGCAACGCCGACUUCAAAAAGCUGUUCCUUGCGGGCAGGAAGCCGGAGGCUGGCAAGGAAGGAGUGGCGAAGGAAGGUGGUGGUAGUGGUUCUGGUGAUGGCGAUGCCGAGAUGGCGUAG